AUGCCUCCGCGAAACGCACCCCUCCCGAACGCCGUCAAUCUCUUCCACUGCAGCAUAUGCGAUAAAGGCUAUCCGCGGCAAGUCGACUAUGAGAAUCAUCUACGCUCCUACGAUCACAACCACCGUCAGCGUCUCGCGGACAUGAAGAAGCUCACAGCUUCGAACGAGACCGAGCGUCCAAGCAAAGGCCCGCUCGAUAUGCGGAGUAUACCAAUCGAAGAGGCGGGGAAGAAGACUGGCCUGGGGCCGCGGUUCACAAAGAUUGGCGGAGGAGCGGCUGCCGCAGGAGGGAGCCGGUUCAAGAAAGUCGGAGUCGCUGUUAGUGGGAGUGCCGGCAACUACGAUACAAAGGCUGCCACCGAGCCGGCAAAGGUAGAUAACGCAAACCACGUCAAGACGGACAGUGCAAAGAAGGUUGAAUUAGGUCCCCUUGAGAAAGAAAACAAGGCCCCAGAUACUAACGCGGUCCCUGAACAGCAGGCAGAGCCCAAGAAGGACGAAGACAUUCUCAUGAGCGAAGCUGAUGACCGGGAGACCGUCGCCUGGGAGCCAUACGACUUCACCAAACCGACUGGAUGCCCCGACCACGCCAAUUGCCCGGGUUGCAAAACGAGUGGUUUCAAAUAUGACGAGGACGGAUGGCUCAUACUUGAUGAUGCCUAG